AAAACAACAGGGUUUUGGAAAGCAUAGCUUGCCCGUUAUUUAACAGUAAUAAAGAUAAAAAGUAGAGUGAGUGAGAGAGAGAGAGAGAGAGAGAGAGAGGUCUCCCCUCAACUUCCAAAAUUUGGUACUUGUUAGCUGUGUUUUGUCAGAAAAUGAGUGUGUUAACAGAAUUUCCACUGUGUUAAACACAAUUGCUUUUGUGCAUAUUCUACAGAAGCUGGGCUUUUUUUGGCCUCUCUUCUAAGGCCAAUCCUCUCGAGCCCUGUAUGGCUGGCCUGGACUGACUUAUGGUCAUAAAGUUAGAAGCAACAUGAAAUUUGGAUCGAAGAAAAAAUGGAAGUCAAUAGUGCCUCUCCGUUUGAGAGGCAAAUCAGCUACCCGUUUUUGUCUAUUCCCCAAAGUGAAGCCAGCUGGUUGUAGUCCAGGCAAUACACCAGUUUAUCUCAAUGUAUAUGACUUGACACCCAAGAACGGCUACGUCUACUGGGCCGGCUUUGGUAUUUUUCACUCUGGUGUGGAAGUUCAUGGUGUAGAAUAUGCAUUCGGAGCUCAUGAUUAUCCAUCUAGUGGUGUCUUUGAGGUUGAACCCCGGCAAUGCCCAGGCUUCAAGUUUAGGAAGUCAAUACUCAUUGGGACUACAUGCUUGGACCCCACCCAGGUUAGGGAGUUCAUGGAGCGCCACUCUGCAAGCUACAAUGGUGAUACCUACCACUUGAUUUUCAAGAAUUGCAACCAUUUCUGCAAGGAUAUCUGCUACAAGUUGACAGGGAAGACAAUUCCUAAAUGGGUGAAUCGCCUGGCAAAAAUAGGUUCGAUCUUCAACUGUGUGCUACCUGAAGCCCUUAAAAUUUCUGCUGUGCAACAUGACCCGAGUUACCAAGCAUGUGACAGCGAGAAGAGAAGGCUAAGAGGCGCAUUUAGUUGCCUGUCAUCGAUCUCAACGAGGCAAAGACAGUUGUCAAUGUCUUCAUUGUUUCUUCAGUCCCCCUUAAAAGGCUGCUUACCACCAUGAGAAGUGAGAAGAUCUAAUGAUGGCUCACUAAAAGGAAAGGUGAGACGAGGAUGACCAUUGAAAUCCUUUUACUUCGAAAUCUUGUAGACGAGAACUGUUUGGAAGGUUUCUCUAGCUUUCAUGUAUUUGAAAAUUGAUAGCGAACGUGUUGUUCUUGUGUCAGUGUCAGUGCUAGAGCUUAUUAGUCUCGCCAUCAUCUACUUUUUUCUAGGUUUGUGGAGUGAUGCAUGUCACCUUUGUAAUAUAAUAUUCUAACUCAAAUCCUUUGAUUCUAUUUGGUUCUUCACAAGAAGAGAAUCCAUAAGAUUCAUAGGACCCUCGAAAAUGUUUCUUCCAUUGAUGUUCUUGGCAAAAGUGGCACUUUGUGAUUA